AUGGACUUGAACUCAUCACAUGGCACCUUUGUGGAUCAGGUGCGCAUUCCAGCCGAUCGUCCCAUCCCACUCAAGAAUGGUCAGAAGAUAUACUUUGGCGGUGACCAAUCCUACAUGGUAGUAUGUAGGAACAUGUACAAGUAUGUGGCCGAAGCACUGUUACUCAAGAAGCAAGACCUCAUCAUGAAGAGGAACAACAACAACAACUCCAUCAACAACAAUAACAACAACACCGAAUCAACAUCAACAUCAUCAACUUCAUCUUCAUCUUCAUCAUCACCUCCCGACAUUAUAAUAUGCACCGACAACAACAACAACACCGACAAUAACAAUACAAGUAGCGACAAUGAACAAAACCGAUCAAUUGAACUCGAGGAGGAAGACCUCCGAGAUGAAAUCACCCGAUUCUACAGUCACAUCAACCGAACGUUAUCAUUUGAGCAUUCACCAGAGAUCGACUCGAUCCAGUCCACUAUCAAGCAGUUGACGCCCACCAGCAGUCCGUCCAAGAACCACCAGCAGACUGGCAGCAAACGCAAGAGUGCCUGUCGCGACACCCACGACAAGUCCGUGCGCUUCAGCAGCUUGGUCUCCAAGUUUGUCUACACCCUGGAGCAGCCCGUCCAGAACCAGUUCCCAACCAUCCACUCCAUCGACCUCCUCAACGACGAGGAGCAGUCGCAGCAAUCUGCCUCGCCACCCGGCCAGCCUUUGCACCAGCAGCUGGCGACCAAUGGUCAAUGUCCUAUCGACGUUGAUGUUGAUGGCACCGAGUUCUAUUCCGAGGACUUCCGCGUGGUCCGCCGGGCACCACCAUCCUCACCAUCGUCCCGCCUGCGACCCUCUACGUCAAUGUCCCUGUCGUCCUCGCCCAAACCUUUGCGCUUCAACACAUCUCCUUUGCCUCCUCUUCAAUUCCAACACACAGCACCAGCACCAAUGACUACCACCAACACCACUGCCGCCAGUCCGUCAAUCAGUCACCAUAUUAGCCGCGGCAGCUCCUCAAUUUCAAUUCCAAUCACAAUCCCAAUCCCAUUACCAAUUCACCAGCUCACCUCUUCGUUUGAGUUUGAGUCAUCUUCCAUCGAUACAACCGAAUGCGACAAGAUUUGUACAUAA